GUAAUAUAUAAAUACAUAUUUAAAAAGAAAAAAAAUUUAAAAAUAAACAGAAAAUAAGAUAUCUAAAAAUCCAUGGCGAGUAUUGGGCUUUGGUGUCCUUGGUCUCUGCAACGUCCCCUGAGCCACUUCACAUUUGUAUCGAACAAUAACAAAGGGACUCCCAGAAUUGGGGGACAACAAUGGGCUGUGCAAUGUUGCAAGAACGACGAGCCACAACAAUGUUUCCAAAAUAGGAGGCAAAUUUUGGUUGGCAUGACCAUGAGUUUUGCUGGGUUUUCGUGUAAUCCAAUUUUGUCCAAUGCAUUUGCAGAGACCGAUGUGGCAGAGGGUUUUCGUAUCUACACUGAUGAUGUAAACAAGUUCAAGAUAUCUGUACCAAAAGGGUGGUCAUUGGCUGCAGGUGAGCCUGAUGGGUUCAAAUCCGUCACUGCUUUCUACCCAGAAGGGAACACUAGCUCCAACGUGAGCGUUGUGAUUACGGGGCUUGGUCCGGAUUUCACCAAGAUAGAAUCAUUCGGCAAAGUUGAUGAGUUUGCUGAGACUCUGGUGAGUGGAUUGGACAGGAGCUGGCAAAGACCACCAGGUGUGGAAGCCAAACUUAUCAAUAGUAAAUCUUCCAAUGGUUUCUACUACAUCGAGUACACCCUGCAAAGACCAGGGGAGACUCGCAGAUACUUGUUCUCAGCGCUUGGAAUGGCAUCCAAUGGUUGGAUCAACAGGCUAUACACCAUCACUGGACAGUUUGAGGAAGCAGAUUUGGACAACUAUGGCUCACAGAUACAGCAGGCAGUCAAAUCAUUUAGGUUUAUCUGACAAUUGACAUUAUAACCACCAUCCAACCAAACCAGAUAUACAACUCAAUCGCAAGUUUUAAUGAGUUGUUUUUUGUCCAAUGAUGUUGUAAUCCUAACCAUCACUUUUUGUGGGUUAAACAUAACAUCAAAGCUUAUUCUAUGAAUGUACAUUGCCUGAAGUCACAGACUUUAAUUA